CGCAUCGCUCCUAGGCGAGCGACACGCGUUUAGCAGGGACAGCGAGAGUGUCUCGAUCGAACCAGGCGUCUGUUGACUCCGCGCGGCGUCUCAGAUCUCGGGGCCCCCGACCGGUUCAAAAGUGCCGAGGCUGAGAUCUAGCUGUUGCGAUCUUUGGUUAGGGUAAAGGGAGAGAGUAUGGCGAGCGCGGAGGAGCUGGUGAAGAAGGUGGAGGCCGGGGCCGAGAUCGAGGACUCGAAGCCCUUGGAGGCGGUGGCGACGUACCGCGACGUGAUCUUCGGGGUGGGCGGGUCCGACGGCGACAGCGUCAAGGCGAAGGAGUCCGCGAUCGAUAAGCUGUCGAAGCUGUACGCCAAGCUCAAGGAUGCGCCCGCACUCAGGACGCUGCUCACCGAGCUCCGACCGCUGUUCGCGACGGUUCCCAAGGCAAAGACGGCCAAGAUCGUCAGGAACAUCAUCGACAUCCUCGCGGGAGUCCCGGGUUUCGACGAUCUCCAGGUGGAGCUGUGCAAGGAGCAGGUGGCGUGGGCCAGGGCAGAGAAGCGAACCUUCCUGAGGCACCGCGUGGAGCUGAGGCUCUCCGGCCUCUAUCUCGACAUGAAGUCCUUCCAAGACGCGCUCAAGCUCAUCGGACAGCUGGCGUUCGAGGUCAAGAAGCUGGACGAUAAGCUCCUGCUCGUGGACAUCCACCUCCUCGAGUCCAAGAUCCACUACGCACUUCGAAACAUGCCCAAGGCUAAGGCGGCUCUGACCGCCGCGAGGACGAACGCGAACGCGAUCUACGUUCCCCCCUCGCUGCAGUGCGUCAUCGAUCUCCAGUCGGGUAUUCUCCACGCGGAGGAGAAGGACUAUAAGACGGCCUACUCCUACUUCUUCGAGGCUUUCGAGCAGCUCAACAACCUGGACGACGAGGCCAAGGCGGUGAUGGCGCUCAAGUACAUGCUCAUGUGCAAGGUGAUGUGCAACCAAGCGGAGGACGUCGCGUCGUUGAUCUCAUCGAAGGGUGGGCUGAAGCACCAGGGCGAGACCCUGGACGCGAUGAAGGCUGUCGCGGAGGCGUACACGAAGCGAUCGCUGAAGGAUCUCCAGAGCACCCUGAGGUCCUAUGAGAAGCAGCUCGGGGACGAUCCGAUCAUCGCCGCGCACCUGGGAGCGCUGCAGGACUCGCUGAUGGAGCAGAACCUGCUGCGGGUGAUCGAGCCGUUCAGCACGGUGGAGAUUGCGCACGUCGCGAACCUGAUCGAGCUGCCGCUCUCGGAUGUCGAGAUGAAGCUGUCCCAGAUGAUCCUGGACGGGAAGUUUGAGGGGAUUCUUGAUCAGGGCGCGGGCUGCCUCAUCGUGUACGACGACAGCGCCGCGAACACCAUGUACAAAGCGACGCUGGAGACCAUCUCGAACAUGGACCGCGUCGUGGACUCGCUCAUGGUGAAGAGCUCCAAGAUUGUCGCCUAAUGAGAUUGGAGUUUGAUGGGAUUGAAGACGCC